AUAUCGAAUCCACAGCUUCCCGAUCUUGCCUUUCUUCGACGCAACUUUCUCCGCCGUAGUGAUGGCCAAUUCUCACGGAGUCCUGCUUCUGCCAAAGCCUCCUCUCCCGCCAGCGCAGCUAUAUGCAUCAAUACGACGACAACCGCUACAGCCAACAAUCAACUCUGUGAAAAUUCUACUGAGAUCGGCCGAGUAGGAUUUAAAAAGACGGUGACCGGAGGUGGUAGCCAGCGUCAGCCUGCCACGCGUCGUCAGCACACCAGUCUUUCUAGUCUUUUCUCACGUCAAAGCGCUUUCUUCCCCUCGGCGGGGCUGGGGCCGACCUCUGAUGGUUUUGAGCCUUGCUCGGCUCGGCAAAAUGGCAUUGCCAUCGGCUGGCCUUAUCCUUUGGCAAGUAGUCGUCUUCAAACUGCUGGUAGGAAUGCUGGAGGACAGGAGGUUGAGCCGCCUGGAUUGAGGGAGCAGCGAUUACCACACAUCCUUUUUGAUCUGCAAACAUUUGCGGGCGGAAGCCCAGUAGUAGCUCUUAAAGAGCGCCUUGACGCUCAAGCCGCCGCUGAGGCCAGAGCCUCAGCAUUUGCUGAAGUCGAGGCUGUUUUAGCGGCGGCAAAGCAGGCAGCCGUUGGUAACCAGCAACAGCGACAGCAGCAACAACACCGAAUGCCUACCCUCACUUCUGCUGGACAACCUGACAAUCUGUCUGCCAGAAAGGAAAAUGGGAGCAAAGACCGGUGCAAGUCGCCUCUUGCCCAUUCUGACCAACCAUCAUCUUCAUUUCAGCUUUCAUCCCUUGGACGGAAUGACGGCUCUAGUGUGUUUGAAGCUGGAAAACCCGAUAGUGGGCCGCAAAUAUCCUCAGUCAGUUCGGACGGCAAGUGCCCAUGGUACAUAGCCCAACUUUAA